GGGUGUCGGAGAGUCGUUGGAACCGUGUCAUUUCGUAGAAAUAAAUGUGAAGCUUUGAUUUGUAUUCAUAUAUGGAUUCCAGUCUUAUGAUGCAGAAGAAUGACGCCUACUUCUCAUUGAGACGAGGUAGAGAGAUGGGAAUCUGCUGGGGCUCUCCUGAUUUCCCUACUCCAAGCUCCCGCCCGGCUUUUGAUCACGGAAAGGAUCUGACCCUGAGCAGCACAACCAGCGGGGCAGCAUCCUCUGCUGCUGUCUCUAAUAAUGCAUCCUCUGCUGCUGUCUCUAAUAAUGCAUUCUCUGCUGCUGUCUCCGAUAACUCCCGGUCUCCUGUGGCUGCCCGUGAGCUGAAAGUUUUCGAGUAUGGGGAGCUCAAGGCUUUGACCAAGAAUUUCGCGCAUGCACAUUUUGAUUGCACGGACAGAGUCUACCGGGGCUGGCUCGAUGAGAAGAAGUCAGAGAUAGCUGUCCAUUUGUUGGAGUUGCCUAGCAGGCCCACUCGGAUGCAGAGCUCGAUAAUGGUGGCAAAGAUUCAACUGUUUGGUAGCGUAUCUCAUCCCAACCUUGCCCCGUUAUUGGGGCACUGCCUGAAUCAUAGAGAAAUGCUCCUUGUUUAUGAGUCUUCAGAAAAUUCCACCAGUUUGGAAGAUCACCUGUUUAAAUGUCCGUCUGGUCCGCAAGCGGAGGGAAAAGAUGCACCCCCGCCACUUUCGUGGGACAGAAGACUUCAGAUAGCGGUGGAAGCAGCUCAAGCCCUAGAUUUCUUGCAUCUGAUGGAUAUUGUGUUUCUGACAUACUUUCAGGCCUCUUCUGUACUUCUUGAUAAGUCUUAUGGGGUCAAGAUCCUUGCCUUUAACUUCCUCAUCACCAAUUCAAAAGCCACUCGACGGAGAGCGAUGAACAUUGUAGAGUUCAAUGAAAGGAUGGAAGCAGGUUUUCCUGCGAACAUUUAAAGCUUUUUUUUCAUUCCUUAAAGGGCCUGUCUCGAGGGAAAAGAGAGCCUGUAUAUUGCGUUCCAGGUUGCCCAAGUCGCUGUACUGUGCCUUGAAUUGGAUCCCCUGCAUCGGCCACACAUAGGACAAGUCUUGCAGACACUAAACCGGAUUAAAGAGUCGCAAGAAUCCAACUAACUGUCCGCUAAUUCUGUUCCUUGAUUCAUGUGGCAGGGCGGGGAUACUGCUUGUUUGAUCUAGUGGAGGAUCACUUACUCUGCUUAAUUCCUUACAAGAUACAAUAUCUCCUUUGUGCUUUUCCAAAUAAGUUAAUUGCAGUUAAUAAACCGAGGGAUUCUGAGGUGAUCCUUCUGUCGAUGUAAACUAGAAUAUGCUUCUCGUCCUCAUAAGAGAGCUCAGGUUCAAAUCCCACCGUGACAUUCUUUAUUGUUCUUCUAAGUAAGAUGGAUUGAUUCACAUGAUUCAAUGCAUGUUUCCCUUAAGUAAGAUUUUGGCUCGAAUUUGGAUUAGUCGGACUCCAUUGAGCUUCCCGAUACCACAUGGUGGACACCAAAAGAUUACCUCUCCUCAUUCUUUUGUUGUAUUAUCUGUCAUCAUCUAAUAUAUUGCUUAAUCAAUUAGAUUAUAAAAAUCUGUCUGGUUAUAUUGUCUCCUAGUCCUAGUAAUCUCUCCACUCCACAUUAAGUCAUUGGGUCAACGUCAACUCUUUUGUCCUUACCCCUCCCCAACUAUGAACCUUUCAAAGUGGAAGACUUCCCGGCACCUCCAUUUUCUCGACUUCCAGCGAAUUAAUUGAGAAGAAGAGUUUCCCUUACAGGAGAAGCUAAUUUCCUUGGCUAUCUAGUUCCGUCAUAGCUUUUCCGAGCUUCAGCCAAUAGUCUGCAGAUUCUCCGGCAAGAUCUCUCCCGGUAUACUUGGACGAUCAGGUUUAACUGAAAAAACUGCCAUAAUAUCGGAGUUAGCUUGCUGGAGUUAUUGAUGAGCUUAGCCCUCUGGAGGAUUAGGUAGAGCCUGGAGUAUGAUUCGAGGAACAUAGGAAAGUCGAUCUUCAUUCUUAUCUCAGACUCGAUGUUGGAAUUAUCGUGUAUUACAAUUGCUUUUAAACACCGUUUUGUAAUAUCUCUACUUGCUUACUCGCAUACUUUCUCAGUUGAUGUAGCAGAACUUUUCUGACGAGGGUCGUUGUUGGCAUGUAAUUGACUACACUUUCCAUAAGGAGGAUUCCAACUUCUCAUUUAGGUGAGGUAGAGAGAUGGGAAUCUGUUGGGGCUCUCCUGUUUUCCCAUCUCCAAGCUCUUGCCCUGCCUUCCGUAGGGGAUCUGACUUUGAGCAGCACAACUAGAGUUACAGCAUCCUCUGCUGCUGUCUCCGAUAACUCCCGGUCCCAGGCCGAGGGCAUCACUCCCGCGACCAACCCGGUGGAUCCGAUCUGCGACCUAAGGUAUUUGAGUAUGAGGAGCUCAAGGCCUUGACCAAGAAUUUCGCAUAUGAACUUUCCGAUUGCAGGGACACAGUCUACAGGGGCCGGCUCAAUGAGAAGAAGUUGGAGAUAGCCGUCCAUUUGUUGGGGUUGCCGAGCAGAUCCCCUUGGCUGCAGAGCUAGAUAAUGGCAGAGAUUCAACUCUUUGGUAGGGUAUCUAGCCCCAACCUCAUGCCGUUGUUGGUGUACUGCUUGAACCACAGAGAAAUGCUUCUCGUUUACAAGUCUUCGGCAAGUUACACCAGCUUGGAGUAUCACCUGUUCAACUGUCCAUCUAAUGCACGAGAGACGCACUUUCAUGGGACAGAAGACUUAAAAUAGCAGUAGGAGCAGCUCAAGGCCUCAGAUUUCUUGCAUUUGGUAGAUGUUGUGUUUCUGAGACACUUUCAGGCCUCUUCUGUACUUAUUGACAAAAUUUAAUCUGUCAUCCCUCUCUCUCUCGAAAUUUUUUCAUCAAAUUGUAGGAGCUCUAUGAAUUCUUUUCGGUCUAUUACUUUCAAUGUUUUAAGCAAGCCAAAGCUCCUGUGUGUAGCUUAUCAAUAUAUGCAUAAGAUACGAGAAACGUGUGCAAUGUCAGGGUUUGGUUGCAGUCUUUUGGGGUCUAGAUAGCCGGCUUUAACUUUCCCAUUACCAAUCUGGGAGCUGCUUGACAAAUAGAAAAGAAGAAGGUCGUAGAGUUCAAGGAAAUGAAGGCAUCAGGUAACCCUGUGCAGCCCAGAGCAUUACUUUCACUCCUUAAAGGGCUUUGGACAGAACAGAAAGCCAUUUCCCUCGUCCAGAUAGAAUCUGUUUUCUCUACAGGGAACCAGCAAAUAAGGGAGGGAGGGACACCAUAAGCAUAAGUGAACAACUCAUUGAUAACUCUGAUCCAUCUGUUCUGACUGCGACAGAGCAUCAGCUGCCGCAAGACGUUUACGACUUUGGAGUUGUAUUGCUGGAGUUACUGACAGGCCUCCCACUUGGAAGGAGUAGGUGGCAGCCAGAGUACAGCUUGAGGAUCGAUUGGAUCAAACAGUGGAUACUGAGUCGAGACAGCCUACAAGUUUUGAUGGAUUCAUGUUUGAAGGUCCCUUGUGAUGCUGCAUUUCCGGUAGCCCGAGUUGCCCUAUGCUGCCUUGAAUUGAAUCCCCUGCAUCAGCUGCACAUCAGACAUGUCUUACAGACACUAAACCAGAUUAAAUAGUUGCAAGAAUCCAGCCGAUUCUGCACCAGUCCUGUUCCUUGAAGCCACGAGAAGAAGCACUAAAUAGAGGAAAUAAACAAACUUAUUGUUUGAUCUGCUCGGCGAUCAGUUACUGGGCUUAGUUCGUCAUCCAAUAUAAUAUCUUCUUGGUCCAUCUCUUAAGACAUACUUUCUGCUUGGUUUCAUUCA